AUGCCGCCCCCGUCGCAGGCCCCUAGCGACCGCAAUCACGGCAGUUCAAAGCCCUUCUCCCUCUCCUCCAGCUCGAAGGAGCCAUCUGCAAAAACCACUUUUGGCUUCCAAUCGACUCGCAGUCGUCCCGAGUCCUCAGCAAACAAGGCACGAUCUCUCCCACGCCGCCCGCAUAACCUCGGCCAUGAUGAAUCCUCCGAUGAAGAUGAACAGCCCCCGGUCCACGAGGAAGUGUCUGGAUUCGACACGCAUACCGGCGGUGCUAUCACCAUCGACGGCCAAGCAGUUAUUGAUGAGAAGAAGCCGCUCGUCAUUCCCGUCACAAGCCAGAAUAACUGGCGUGAUCGGCCUGGUGUCAAUACGAAGAAAGGAAAAAAGAAUCUGCUUCCCCGCGAGGUUCAAGCUAUGCAAGAAGCGCAGAAAAAUGGACAAGCCUCUGCUGGAGGUGCCGUCGAGACGGAAGGACCGAGCAUGGCGUUUGGCUUAAGCUUUGCCAAAGAAUCUAUAGAAAACGAGAACAUUGUUCCCACUCCAGAUACCGAUCAGCCUAUGCGGGACGCGAAGCCCGCUGAGGAAAGCAAGCCCCUCACGGAUGACCAGCUUGCGCUCCAGGCUUUGAUCAAGGAGAGCACAGGUGAGGUUGAGAGGAGGUCAGAUCUCGUCAUUGAAGCCUCGAAAGCGCGUGACUACGAGGAGGACGACACACUCGGCCGCUAUGACGAGUCGAGCUCUUUCAAGACAGACGUGCAGUCGCGGCCCGAGCCCGCCACACUUGACCAAUACAAUGCCAUCCCCGUCGAGGAAUUCGGCGCGGCGCUUCUUCGAGGUAUGGGGUGGAAAGAUGGCCAGACUAUUGGAAAAGGCAACUAUGGCUCUUCUGAAAAUGCAAAGAAAGCCAACGAGCCUCGUGUCCCGCCGCGCCGCGCCGGGUUUCUAGGUAUUGGUGCGAAGGAUUCUGGGAAGGGCGCAGAGGUUGAAUUUGGCGCAUGGGGCAAAUCGGCAAUGCGCAAGGCAUCACGGAAACAAGGCGAAGAGAAUGCAGAUGGUCAAACCGAGGGUGUUUAUAUGCCUGUCACCAUGCGGAAUAAGAACACUGGAGAGUAUAUCACGGAGGAGGAACUCGCAAAUAAGAAGAAGGAGGCCAAGUCCAUGCCCGACGCAGAUGAUUGGAAAGAACGACGAGAUCGGAACUUAGAGAAGAGUGGGCGUGAUAGAGAUCGGGACUAUCGCAGAAGGGACUAUGACGACGAGCGUUCCGAUCGGAUGUCCGGGUCCUCGUCCUCGCGUCGUGAUCGCAGCCGCUCUGCUGGCCGCCAUUCUUCCUCUCGACGCACCAGGUAUGACGAUGAUGACCGCCGGAGAGAUGAUCGGUCUUCUCGCGAUUCUGACCGGGAUCGUCGACGGGCUCGCGAUGAUGAUCGAGACCGAAAAGACCGAGACUCUGAUCGAGACCGAUCCCGCCGACACCGCAAUGAUGGAUAUAGCAGCCGCUCGUCUCAUUCAUCCCGACACGAUCGUGACCGUGACCGCGAUUCUCAUCGGCGUCGCCGGGACGACUGA